AUGAUACUGGAACUCACUUACUCAGCAUUAGGAGUACUCUUUGGAGUUGACAGAAAAUCUAUUUCCAAAAUAUUUAUUUCUACAUUAGAAUACUUGGUCAUCAGAUGUCAAGACUUUGUCGCUUGGCCCAGUAAAGAAAUUGUGCAAAGUACCAUGCCUGAUGAAUUAAAAAAUAUGUACGGAAAUUGUGUUAUAAUUGACUGCACUGAAAUAAAAAUUGAUCAAUCAUCUAGUGUGGAGGCAAAAGGACAGACGUAUUCUCACUACAAAAAAGGAUUUACUGUAAAAGUUUUAAUAGGAUGUGCACAAGCCGGAUCAGUGUCUUUCGUUUCGAAAUGUUACGGUGGUAGAAUCAGUGAUGCUCAGAUUACAACAUGCAGUGGACAUCUAGAUUUCUUAGAAUCAGAUUAUCUCGUAUUUGCAGAUAAAGCAUUUCCUGAAAUUCAAAGCACCAUUGAUGAAAAGGGAGCAGGCGUUGUUCUUGUUAUGCCAUCAUUUUUACGAGAUGGAUGUUUUCCGAAGAAGAAGUAG